AUGUUGUACACAAUUGUUAUUGGUGUAAAACAGUUAUAUUUGUUUUUUUUAUUGUAUUAUAUUUUAUUAUUUAUUUUAAUACUAU